AGAUUUAAAUGCUUGCGAUAGGUGGUAAAGUCAAGACACAGAUUGGUUAUUGCAGAGUGGUCAAGAUUUGUAUAAUAUGGAUAUUCCUUCGACAUCUCGACAGACUUCUAGUCGAUUUUCAGUAUUAUCUCAUAUUGCGACGGUCCGAAAUGAUCGUCGAACUAGUUUAGAUAACCUAAACCGAUUAUCGAGGAUUCUUGUUCAGUCGCCUUUACCCAGCGAUAAUGAAAUAAAAGAGCAUUUUCAAAUAUGUUUGAAAUUGUUCGCCGAAAAUAGAAUUAGUGCAAAGAAUGUAUGGAAUUUGAAGCUCAUCGAUUACAUGAGAAUGGUGCUUAUUUCUAAAUCACAAGAAGAGUCACUACAAGUUGCUAGUACUUCUCUUGACGUAGGAGCUAAAAUUUACGGCAUUCGCGUGGAUGACAUUCAUUCGGACGGUUUCAAGUUGGCAAGUAACAUGGCGCGAGUUAAUCAUCAACCAGAAAUUGAGGAACAUCCAUCUCACGACGACAGUGUAAAUCAAGAAAAUAGAGCAUCAAAGAGAAAAAGAAAGCAUGGCCAACCCGCAACGAUAGCUAAGAAUCCAGAAACCCUAUUAGAAGAUAUCCCGAGAGCACCAUCAAGGUUUUUUCAAACAAAAACUGAUGCCGAAGUGAUCCUUACAAGUAGCUUACUUACCAAUAUACUUCCAAUGCACCCCUUUGGUCACAAAUUAAUGUUAUUAAGUAAAGCGAAAGCAUGGCCGAGAUACAGAGCUAGCAGAUCUUAUCCAAAGCAACGAUACAGUUUUGAUAUACCCUAUUUUGAUUCGUUUGUAAUCAGCGCUCCAUUUGCUGAAUUUGAAAUAGAUCAGUGGGAUAUAGAUCGCGAGGACGAGCAGUUCAAUGAUAUAAGUGGUGCUGGAAUUAUUGAAAUAGAAAAUGCUCCUGUUUAUGAAUUAGACGGCACCAUACGAGAUAAUUUCGAACACGGUGAAGAAGAUCAAAACCAAAAAGAGGAGGAAGAAAAAUUCGAUUAUAUUCUUCAUUUUCCUGUGAAUUCCAUAAGUAGACGGGCUAACGAUUGUUCGUUUCUCAGCGUGGUGAAACUUUGCAACAACAAAGUAAUGAGUCGCGUAUGGGCCGGCCCUAGUCACUGGAAGUUAAAAUAUCUUCAACCGAAACGUAGCAAAUUUACCGGUAAACAGAGGGCGCAGUCGUCAAAGAAAGAGCGCCGAACGGACGAAAUUAUUAAUUUUCUAUUAGAUUACCCAAAGAUAGACAAAACAAAACUGUAUCAAUCCAAAACGACAGUUCAGAAUUUUGACCCAAUUAAAUGCUCCCUUCCUUUAAAAAUUCAUUUGGAAAAUAAGGGCAGACCCUUUAUGCUGAAACCGUUAUACAUUUGUAACAACUAUUGGGUUGAAAAUAAUGAAAAUGUUUUAAAUCGGGACGAAGAGUGCAAUAAUAAUAUUACUAUGCCAAGUUUUGAAACUGGUCAUCAAAUUAAUGAAGCGGAGAUGAGCACUCACGAAGAAGUGAAUGUAUGCCAUCAACGGCAAGAAUCAAACAUGGAUUUCAUGGUCGAUAUCCCAGAAACGGUACAACACUUAUACGUACCAUAUGCAUCAAGCUAUAAGAAAAUAAACAUGACAACAUUAAAACAAGCAAUUUGGAAAAUCAUAUUGGGUGAAAGCAACGAAGAACCAAAUAUUGCUGAAGUAGUGCAGAAGCAGUCCUUUAGCGAGGUCUACCAACAGUUACCGCAACGUUUGAGUGUGAAAAUGCAAAAGAAUUUGAGUUGUCCAUUAGCCCUCGUUGCACUUUUACAUCUUGGAAAUGAACGUAAUUUGUUAUUUACACAAUUUGGAGAAAGCGAUUUUAACAUCGAGCAACAAAAUCAACAUUCUGUGGGUAACAUUGUAUCAAAAGAUUAGCGACUUUUUGUCAACAUCUCGCAAUGGAUUGAAACUAACAAUGUCGCUAACAGAAAUGAUAAAAAGGUAUCUAUCGACACGGGAGCCUUGCAUCUGAUUCGAACGCAGUUCACAUGAUGGAGGUGAUGAAAAACGACGUUUAGACUGGAAACAGGAUUAUGGGAUGUAAUUUUCUGUUCCAAGAUCUCUUGUUAUGUAUCGCUUCAAGACUGCUUAGUAUUACAGAACACCGUU